AUGUCUCACAUGAUUUGCAGUCUCAGGUUCAACAAGCGAAUUCCCGAGCGUCAAUUCAGUUCAUCAACUACUAAGUCCGAAAUAGAUACAACCAAGACAAUCGACUCGAGCAUCUCUUAUAUUAGUAACGAACAAAAACCAAAGAACCCCAGAAAAGACAUCAACCGUGAUGCGACCGCUGAAGUCAUAGUUCAGAAACUCCAAAUCGAACUCAAGCAACUGGAAUCCCUUCAUGACGAUAAGGUGCAAGGGUUGGAGGCCCUAUGA